AUGCUACCAGCGUAUCAGCAACGCGCAGAUGUCCUCAAAGCUAUCAAUGAUCACAAAGUAGUUCUGAUCACGGGAGGUGCGAGAAAAAUUGAUUUAUAG